AUGAAAGACAAAAGAGCGCCCAUUGAAAUAACAUUUGACAUCCAGGGAAUAAAUAAAAAUCUCAAAAAAAGAAAAGAAGCAUGCUCAAAUGUAGACCUGUAUAACAUGGACAGUAUAGUCGUAUACUCUAUACUAGACAACAACAUACACCUAGAGGCAAAUGGACUAACAGAAAAAGAAAGAGAAAGCCUUCUGGAAAUUGCUAAAAGAGUGGUUUAUAUACACUUAAUAGAAAGCGAAAGAGCAGAAGCAGCUAUACUGUACAACAGUCUGCUAAGGAAUGAAACAGAGGAGCUAGAUGAAAGUGACGUGGUGGAACUUACUAAAUAUGGUGUAGAAACAAGGAGUAGAAGGUACGUAAACACAUUGAGAAGCGAGAUAGCUAUUUUUAUGAACUAUUUCAACUGGUGUGUCUCCAAUAUUGUAGAUGUAAAAAAAGAAGACUUUCUUGAAUUUGCCAAAGAGUUCUUCAGACAGGAGACAUACUCUGAUGUUCUAAAUGACAGCAAGAUUCAGGCGAGCAUCAGCCGAAUAGUCAAUAAUAAAGACGGCUGUGUGAACAGCAAUGACAACAUGUACAGCUUACACGAACUGUACAAAAAUUGCAAAAAAGACAUUCUACUAGUGGACUAUGCAAUGAUGUAUGCGUUCAAUGAAAAAGACAAGUUGGAUGAACUGCGCCAAAAAGUACAAGAUACUUUCUGCACAGGCAACAGCACAGAAAUAAACAGGAAGAUAGUCACAGACGAAGAUAUCUCACCAGACGACAUGAAGGCUAUUAAGUCAUUGAACAGAUUCAAAAACAGCAUAUACUCGGAAAAGAUGUUUUUAUCUAGCCUAAUCUAUUUCCCAGACGAGUGUUUUAAUCACAUAGUAAGAACAGCAAGCGCCUCUAUGCAGCCACACGCUAUUCCAGAUCUCACAACACAGUAUUCAGGAUCAGAAGUGUUCAAAGCCACAGUUGAUGUUCACCUCUUGUAUGCAAUAUUCAAAGGAGAGAACAGAAAAGUAAGAGAGAAGCUGUUUAAAGCCAUCAAUUUUCACAAUGAGAAAAUUAGAAGUAUAGAAAACAGCAUAGAAGAGCACAAAAAGAUAAGAGAAGAUAUAGAUGAGAAGAUAGAGAAAUUAAACGAUGAUUUGGAAAAAGAAGAGACUAAUAAAAGUAAUGCUGUGAAUCAAGAAGACACUAAUGAAGAUACAUGUGAUGGAGAUAGAUCAGUCAUAAAACACAGCAUACGUAAACUGUUCUUUGAAAAGAACCUUAUUCGAGAAUACAUACAUAAAAAAUUAAAGGAGAUAUCGAGAUAUAGCGAGUCUAAACAUGCCUUUGAAAUGAGCUUGCUUGCCAUUGAUGAGUAUUUGCCAAACCUAGCAGGAGUGCAGGUAGAGUACAUACAGAAAACCGUAAUAAAAUAUUCAAAGAUACUUGGAGUAGACUUGCAAUCGGUCUUAAAAGAGUAUGAAACAGAGCACUAUCAGCCAAACAGACUGUCUAGCCCAGAAAUCAUCAGAGAAUCAAAAAUCAGCCCAACAGCUAUCCCAGAGACAGAGAGUAACAAAGCAGAGGAAACAAAUCUGUUAGCAUCUCCUCAGACAGAUGUAAGCACGAGAUCACUCCUUAUCAACAGAAUAGUAGGAUAUAACAGACCCAUGGUUAUUAUACUGGUUGUUGUGCUGGCUGUUUUUACUAUUCAGUCUGUGCGAACUAGCAACUAUCUUUUAAUAGAUGUUUAG